AUUGAAUAAUUUUUUUUAUUAAAACUGAUGUGGUAUGUUGUUAUUGGAACACAUGAGAAGUGAGUAGGAUGAAGCUACUUACCGGUUAGUAGUUAAGUAUUAUUCAAAAUUAAAAAUAAAAAAUAAAAAAGAAAUUUACCAAUCUGUCCCUAGAUUCCGCUUAUCUGAUUUGUUUGUCCGGGGAGGGAGAGAGAGUACUUUCUAACGGCUACUUACAGAUGUGUUUAAAGAUCUCUCUUUUUUUGUCCAAAACACACACCAUAAACAAACAAAGAAAAGCGACCCUCUCUCUCCUCUUACUCUUCUCACACACUCAACCACCCACCUCCUCCACCACGCUCCGCCACCACCACUCACCUAAUUCCAAACUCUCUCUCUCUAAUCGUGAGAAAUGGAGGAGGAAUCUCAAUUGUCAAAGCAGAUUGUCAGCAACGAAGACGGAGGAGCGGCAGGAGAGGACGAGGAGUUCUACGAGAAGAUUGAGGCACCCAAGUUCGUCGACUUCACCGUCUCCGAUCCUUACCGUCCCGACGAUCGCUACUGGUUCUGCUCCCGAGUCGGAUGUGAUCUAAAGCAUGAAGAAGAAAUGGACCCUGAAGCAAUCUACAAAAAUUUUGUUCUUCGGGUCAUGGCAGCAAGAAGUCCCAAUAUUCGACUUCGAAAAGCACUUAAUAGAAAAGCUCCAAGUGCAAAUGCAAAAUGCCCACUUUCAGCACCUGCAAAACCUUCAAAAUCAAGAUUCGCAUUAAUUUCUUCAAUUCCUCAAAAGAUGGUUAAACCUCUUCCUAAGCUUAGUUCAACACCCCAUGCCAAGACAAAGCAAGUUGCUGCUAAGUAUUUAACUACUCCUAGGAACAAAAAAUGCCUUCCAAAUCCAAACUCAUUUUGUAGUGUUCAGAACCUGAAACCAACCAUUGUUGAAGUGCCCAAGAAUAGAAUGGUAGUGAAGGCUUUGGUCUUUAACUCUCCGAAGAAAGGCAUUUGUGUGAAAACUUCGGUGGAAUUGAAAACCCCUUUAUCGAAGAUCUGUGAAGGGAUGAAGAAGCUUGAGAUAACCAGCCAAAGGAAGCGCGUAUUGGGGUAUUCUUACAAAUCAUCAAAAGACAUUAGACGCAAUCCUAAGAAAUCGUUGCCUCUAGAUCCUUCAGGACGACAACUAAAUGCCUGCAAGGAUAAAACCAGGCUUAAGGAUUCGUUACACCGUCAAAAUUUGAAGGACCAGGAAGCCAAAUCCUUACGAGGUAUGAAGAGAGAGAGCAAAGGGAAGUUCAACAAUCACUGCAGCUCUGUGCCUAAGGAAAUGGUUGAAAUUGACUCCAGUGAUAUGGAGAUUGAUGUAAAAUCAAGGGAUGGUUCUACAAUACCUAGUUCAAGGAUUAAUAAACACUAUGAACUUGAGGAGCAUUUGACAAAUUCUACUCAAGAAGAAGCCAUUAAUUCCUUGGAGGCGCCACCAUCGACAGAGAAUUCAGAUGCAGUGUCAUCAGAUGACUCAAAAGAGGCGCGGUCAUCAGAAGAGAAUUCAGAUGCGCUGUUAUCAGAUCACUCAGGAGGUGAAAUGAAUACCCAAUCAAAUUCUGACGAAAGAGACCUAGAAGAAAAUGGUCUCCCCAAAGUUCAAGCUCCAAAUGGAGAGGGUGAUGAAGGCAGUGAAGGAAAUGACCAAGAAAAGAAAAUGAAAUCAAGUUCAGAGCACGCAUUGAGCUCUAGAGAUCAUCUAGCUGAAAAUCAACCUUCAGAAGUGGCAGGGCAUGAGAGUGAAGCCAUGGACAGCGAUGAUAAAGAAAAUGCUUUAGUAGCUUCUGAUGAUAACAGAAAUUUUGAUCAUAAUAACAACAACAAUUGCGGAACAAAAAUUCUUGGCAGGCAGGAGACGUCUGAAAACACUAAAAAGGUGGUUGCUCUGAUGGUGGAGAAGAAUUUAAAAGAAGGGCUCACUACUACCGGCGCUAGUGCUCAAGAAGUGAAGUAUAGAAAACCAAAGACAACCCACCCCAAACCUUUCAGGCUGAGAACUGACGAAAGAGGGAUUCUUAAGGAAGCAAACUUUGAGAGAAAAAAUCAUUUUCUAGCUCCUCAGAAAGAAGUUGCAGUAGUUCCAAAAUUCUCCAGUGGAAACUCACAGAAAAGGCAAGGAGGACAUGAUAUCCAAAGGAAUGAAAAGUGCCUUGAACAACAAAAAUGUGGCAAUGAUACACAUGAAGGGAGUGAAAAAGAGCUAGAGGAAAAUAUUCAGAAGGUUGAAUGUAAAAGCAAAUCAGGACUGAAGAUUUCAAAAGGUCAAGUGCGACCAAGAAUAUCUAUGUUAACACCACAGAGAUGCUCUGCUUUGACACACCAGCAAUCUAUACCGGUUAUUUCCCAUCUUGAAGAUGGCAAGGAUAGCAUGUCUAAAAAAUCAGAGAACCACCGCUUAAGAAAGACAAAAUCUUCUUCAUUGGAGCGACAACUUAUUAGGCCUCAACGGGUUGCAUCAACCAAGAAGGCAUUGAUUUCUCACAUGACACUGGGUCAACAACUAGGUGUGAUAAAGGAAACUUCAUCUACAAUCUCAAGACCCAAGGAAGCAGGAAAGCUGAGUGAGAGUUGUACUCCACCAGCAACCAAAGCUAUUGCUUCUGUUGCUUCUUCCAGGGUAUCAUCACAGAGAAGAAGGCCUGCAACUAUUCCAAAGAAGCCAAACUUUCACAAUGUCCAUGUACCAAAGAGUUGCGCAAGGAAAGCGACUUAGGUUUUCAUCAUAAUUUACUCCUAGAUCCAGUGUAUCAUAUUCUGUUUUGUUGUUCAAUUAUUUAUUGAAUCCUUACGCUGGCUUGAAUUUGGUUAAGCAGCUGGGUUUUUUCUUUUUCAGUAAAAGAUUGAUCUUUGGGAGCCCCCUCAGGUUUUAGUGUUCCCAAAUCAUUUAUUGUAUCCAUAAAUUUGAAGAAAUGCAAUGCAUUUCGUUCUUUCUUCCGCUUUUGCGCUAAGAAAAUUGUAUUUUAGCAAUCAACAAAGUUAUGAAUAGUGUGUCAAAUAUUUUUUGAUCA